GGAGGAGGUGGUCUUACCAGGGAAGGCAAGCUGAGGGGCAAGGAAAAGGCAUCAGUAUAUCUCCCCAACUGACCACAUACAGCUUUCAAUCCACUUUGAGGUGAGGGAGAGGAGAAGCUGAGAGAUUUUAAUGAUUUAAGAGACUGAUGCUUUGCUACUUUAUAUUAGCAAAAGAACCAGGAACUGCAUAACUGUAUAAGGCUAUAUACCUGAAACUUCAGCAAGCAGAGCAAAACUGAAGAUUUUUUUUUCCCAAUUGCAAAUUAGCAUUUAUGAAACCACUUUGAUCCAAAUAUUUCCAGUAAGACAUUGCAGAAAGGCUUGGCAAUGUUUUGGGAUUAUCUUUAAACACUGGACUAUAAACAAGGAUUUACUUAAAGAAAUCUCUACUGAACAAACCAAAAGAACUAGAAGAGGACAACUACACCCCAUACCACACGGUCACCAUGAGUAUGACUGGCACCCUAGAGAAGGGAGCUCAUCACCAGGCACUUGACCUCUCUGAGGAGCUCCCACUAAACCACCACCACCAGCAGGUUCAUCUCCAGCACAGCGGCUCCACAGCCUCCAUAUCUCUAGCUGGGACUCCCAUCAGCAGCUCCGGGGUGGUGGUGCCUCCGCCAUAUUCUGCACCAGUGGCUGGAGGUGGUGAGGCUCCCCUUGAGCUGAGGGGCUCUCUGGACUGUUGGGCAUGUUCAGUACUUGUAACAGCCCAGAACCUGGUGAUAGCUACUAUUAACGUGUUCCUGGCUGCUUUGGUGUUUGGCCUGAUCCUCACUCCUGUCAUAGUUAUGGUGGUGUUUGGAUUUAUGUGCCACUCCACUGUGCGUCCAAAUGAUACAUCACCCUAUUGUUCGGGCCUGCUGAGUGACGGAGGCUGUGUGGCUAUGUUAAUCGUGGGCUUCCUGCUUGUCACUCCACUGCUUGUUCUGGCGUUGGCUGCCUAUUGCAGAUUGGCUCGUCUCCUGCAGCUCAGCCUCUGUUUCAUCCCUUACAGUCGCGCUGUCUACAAAAACCUGCCUGCCACAUACCACCAUGGCCUGGGAGGAGGCUGCUGUGGACAAGAUGCUGGUCAAGACAGAAAGAAGGGAAAAGUGUGGGUAUGACACUGGAACUCGAUAAUGGGUCUCAGUGAAUUUGUCAUUUGCAAUAUGUUUAAUUAAAAAACUACAUCUGUUACAAAUGUACAUCUCAUAGCCAUGUGUGGGUCCUCGAAGUGUAAAAUAAAGCAAACAUCUAACAAAUUCUGUCAAAAGUGAACCAAAUUCAGCAACUAUUUAGGAUGCAUUAACUAAAGUGUAUGAAAGAAAAGUGUAUGGAAAAGGAAAAAUGAGGAAGGUAUACAAAAAGGAUCAACAAGAAGAAAAGAGGAGUUGAUACCUUACAUACUGUAUAACAAAUAGAUCACAUAUUUUUCUAGUUUAUAUUCAAAUCUACUCAUGUACACCAGCACUGUUAUAUAAACCAGGGUUGUUGCUGAGCUAUCAGCAAUUUACGAGUUCAUACUGAAAGCCAACGAGACUUUUGUAAACUUGUACUUUUAUCAUGAAAACACUGGAUUUUUUUUUUUCCUAACUAAAGCUGGACUAUUUGUCACUCCAUAAAUGAUAGCCAUAAAAUAAAACAUUUUAUAUGCAUAUGGCCAUAUUACUCCUUCUAUUAAAAAUAUUAAUUUCUGGAUAGUGAA